CCGUACACACCCGCCCGCUUUGUAUGUUUUAUCUUAUUUGCAUUCCAUUAUCGAGGCCCCGCGGCGGCCUGUCAUUUCAAAAUCCGCGCGGGAGAGCCGUCCAGUGUGUUCUUACGCUUAGCUAGAUGUCGAAUUAUAUGUAACUUACUGUGAAAGAAUUUAGCUUUAUUACCAUUUGAUGACGACAUUUUACGGUUAAAAUGGACCUAAAUAGAAAUUAAUAAAAAUAAUCCCGACCGAAUCGCACUUUCAAGCGCGUUGGAAUACAAACAUCAUCACUUUUGUGGUUCUGAGCUGUAAUGUAGGUGUCGCAUGGGGUGAUGCAGCUUUGCGUUAAUUCAAUUUUGUUUGUUUGUUUGAGUAUUCUUUUACCAAGGAUUUUUCUGGGUGUAGUUCUAGCAGACCAUUCCACCUUACUAUUCACCUUGAAUACGGCGAAAGCUGACACUUUUGUUUUCGUGCUUAGCAUCGAGUGGUUUAUUGCUGUAGUGCAGAAAACCGAAAGGAUUCAUUUAUAGCUUUCGUUAUAUGUAAUUUUUACAUAGCAAAUGAAAAAAAUGCGCCGGAGACUGCUAUCUAAUAAUAUGGUUGCAGACACUCCAAGUGUUGUGUAUAAUGAAACCAUUAACAUUUCAGCAGACGAUUGUAGACUGGAUACAACAGAGGAAUGUUAUGAUGAAGAGAUGAUCGUUGAAAAGCUUGAAGAUUCAGACGACGAAAUCUUCGAAGAGCUGAAAAUUGAACCAACAUCCGUUUCAUCUGUCAAGAAAAGUGAGCCUUUAUUUGAUGCCAAUUUAUGGCAUGACUUUGAUCUAGACAGUGAUGACAUUAAGGAAGAACUUGACGAGGAACCGGUGGAACUUCCACUUCCCCAAGUCGAAAUAAUAACCAAUCCAUUGGACAUUCCGAUUGAAGGUGUUAAUUCGUUCUGUCGCUUGUGUCUGCGCGAGAUUCCGAAUCUUUUCCCGCUUAUGUCCCGCAUUCAGAAUGUGCUAGUUCCGGAAAUGUUUUACAUCGUUACGGGGAUUAAUAUUAAUUUCCGCGACAAACUGCCCAAAAAAGUGUGCAUAAAUUGUUUGAUAAGGCUCGACUAUGCAUACAAUAUUAGGAAGGAUUUUCUGGACACGCAUCGUACGCUGAAGAGCUUCUCCCUAACUAGGAUACAGACCCUGUUGGAGCAUUUGCAAAAUUACCAGAAGGGAAUUCGCCUCACGACGGAAUCAUAUGGCGAGAAAAUACUUCGCCAACAUAAGGAUAUCAUCCGGAUGCGUCUAAUCAAGAAGCAGGAGCAUUUGGAGAAACAGGCAGGGAACGAAGUGCUUGAGGAGAUCACCAAAAAUAUGCCCGUGGAAAAGUUUAUGGCUGCUCUGGUUGACAAACCUCUCAAAGUUGAGCGUGAUUCGCAAAGGCCUGUCGAUACUGUCGAUUUAGAAACAGUGAUAGAUUUAGAAGAAUCAAACGAGCAAUCGGAGGAGGAGCGUAUAGAAGAGGGAAAAAUGGUAGAGACUUUCAUUUACGCGGAAGAAGUUAAUCUAGAGCCAGAGUUUGUUGAAGCUCCUAUGGGGGUACAGGAAACGGAUGAACGACCCGUAUUUAUUCAGAGGAAACGUCAGCCAAAACGUGUCUACAAUAUAGAUAUGAAGGACACAAAGCCUGACCCAAACAAGUGUUAUAUUUGUGAUAGCGUGUUUCCGGACACCGACGCACUGGAUAUACAUCUGCCGGAUCAUGUGGAUAUGCUUCCUUACAGCUGUGAUCGAUGUGUGGAUGAAAGUGGGCAGGCGAAACAGUUCACUUCUCUUAUUUUACUCCACCGGCACUUCCGAAUGCAUGCUGGUUCGAUCAGAUGUCCGAUCGCCUCUUGUCCGAUACAAACGUUCACUCGAGUGGCACUUUACGCCCAUAUGUCGAACCACCAUAGAGCAGAUUCGAAGACGAAAUACACUUGCGAAAUUUGCGGCCAUCAAUUGGAGAACAGAAAACGGUUCCAUAAACACAUGCGCUCCCACAAAGCGCUUGACGAUGGACGUUAUCCGUGCAGUCAUUGUGACAAAAAGUUCGACACGAAAACCCGUAUGACGCGCCACGAGCGUUCCCAUACUCAGGAAAGACCGUACAAAUGUAGGUACUGUGAAAAGACGUUCACCAACGAAACUAGUCUACAUGGCCACGAGCGUACCCAUACGGGUGAGAAAGGAUUCCGAUGUGAUACUUGUGGCAAACGGUUCCGAUCCCGGUACUGUCUGAAUGACCACAUCGCAGUGGCGCAUGAAGGUCUGACGAGGAAGAAGAAACCACAGCUCCCAAGUACCCAGUAUCCAAAAACUCAGUAUCCAAAGUCUCAAUUCUUCGCUGCGCCGAGGAAGUGUCAAGUGGAGGGCUGUGAUUUCAGCACCACAAAUAGGGCCAAGCACUACAACCACCUGGCGAGACACACACUGAAGUUUCACUGCGCGCAUUGCCCGAAACGGUUCCCUUCGAAACAGAGUCUUGAUAUGCACGAAUAUAUUCACGACGGUGUCAAACGUUUCUGCUGCGAGCAAUGUGGCAAAAGUUUUCGUUUCAGGAACAGUUUAGUUGAGCACAUGGACGCACACAAGAACGUUCGACCGUGGGCGUGCGACGUGUGCGGGAAGGCUUUUGUACGCGAACGAACGCUGAAAGAACACCGCUGGAAACAUUCGGAUACCUUGAAUUAUAAGUGUCGAAUAUGCGACAAAAAGUUUAAAUAUCGGGCAGAUCAGUCGAAACAUGAACGAACCCAUACGGAAGCGGAAACCGAUCGUACGGCUUUUCAAUUCAGCAGUCAGGGAGAUAUGGACCUAAUCGUCGAGGUAGUGGAGACAGAUGAUUGAGGCAAAAAAUAAUCUAUCUUAUUUCGUUCUGCUUUAAUAUAUAAAGAUAUGAAAAUAAAUAAUAGUGCGAGACAUUUUUGACGUGGGACUACGUUUAACCGGAAUAUAUGGAGGGUAAAAUGAAAACCUAAACACAGAACAUGCAGGAAAAAAUGAAAGAUUUCGAAUGCCUAUAGCUCGAACAUUUCGUACUGGAUACGAGAGAUGUUUGCAUCACUUGAUAGGGAAUAUUUCUACGCAUCUAUCGCAACUAACAAAAUGUUGUUUUUCAUUAGAUAAACAAUUGAAUAACUGUAAAAUAUUAGGCGUUAUCUAAACGCCCUAACUGCAUCGUUUUGAUUGGCCCGAUUUACGGUUUCCCUAACACAGCCAUCAAAACCAAGCAGCCUUGGGGAAAUCGGCAUUGCAAAUAUAUGAAAGUAGGGGGACUUUUGUUCUCAUCGAAAAAUGUUCCCUAACACAGACUUUAAAACCAAGCAGCGAAAUCGGCAUUGCAAACACACGAAAGACCCUAGAGGCGAGUGAACUGAAAAGUUCAAACCCUCUUAAAGCCGAAAAGAAGAAGAAGAACACACGAAAGUAGGGGGAGCUUUUGUUCCCACCGAAAUGUGUUCCCUAAUAGAGAUUUCUAAACCAAGGUGCCUGGAGAAAUCGGUAUUUCAAAUUCAUGCAAGUCGGGGGUAUUUUUGUUCCGACUGGAAUGUGUUUCCCUAACACGGACUUCAAAACCGAGGUUUCUGGGGAAAUCGGCUCUGCAAAUAAAUGCAAACUGCUAGUACUUUUGUCCUCGCUUGCCUUUGUGCAGAGUGGAAUAUGUCUGUCCUAACAUAAUCUUCUAAACUUAGGAACCUGGGAAAAUCGUGCAGACACUAGAAGCGAAUGAACUUCCCAGUUUCAAGCAAAUUCAAGAUUCGAGAAGUAUGUACACUUUUGGGAUGUAAACUUCAGAGGGAAAUGUAAAAUAGAAUAAUCGUUUGAUAAUUUUUUUUGUCUUUAUUGGAAAGAUUUUCAGCCUUAGGCUGGUUCAUCAAACGUUUGAUAAUUCUUCCGUACAUAUAUUUUGUUCUAGUCAUCAUACCAAACGUAAAAGGUCCGUCAUUAAAUUUACUUGUAACGAAGAACAAUCAAUCACAAUAAAUGAAUUGACUUUACACGGCAUUUGUUCAUUUUU